AUGACCGAAAUUCUGAAACGAUCAUUUCGACGUCAUGAUUCUUAUAAUCAAUUUAAUGACGAUAAUACAGAAAGUUACAAAAGCAGAUUUGAUCUUAUACGUUUAAGUGCUGUCGUAUGUGGUAUUGAAUUUUGUUAUGCAGCUGAAACUGCUUUUGUUUCACCUAUACUUCUUCAGCUCGGCUUACCUGUCAUACUUAUGACUUGGACAUGGUGUUUACCACCAUUGAUUGGAUUCUUUCUUGUUCCAGCACUUGGCUCACUUAGUGAUAAAUAUCAUACACGUAUUGGACGACGACGUCCAUUUAUUUUACUGUAUUCCACUGGAAUUCUCAUCGGUCUGGUAUUAGUUGCUAAUGGUCAGACUAUUGGAUAUUGGUUUGGUGAUUCAAAAAAAAUUUUUUUCAAUACUACUGAAUUAAUCAAUCAAACAAAUUUUGAAAAUGAUCAUAUAUCUAAUUCAUUUUUAAAACAUAGAUUUGGUACAAUAAUAACUGUUCUUGGUGUCCUUUUACUUGAUCUUGAUUGUGAUGCAUGUCAAAGUCCAAGUCGUGCCUAUUUACUUGACGUUACAAAUCCAAAUCAACAUGCUUUAGGUCUUACAACAUUUACAACAAUGGCUGGUCUUGGAGGUUGUUUAGGCUAUAUUUUUGGUGGUAUUCCAUGGAAAAAUACAUUUUUAACUAAAAUAUUUGGUGAUCAUAUACAUGUUGUUUUUACACUUGUUUGGAUCAUUUAUAUAAUUUGUAUGAUAUUAACAUUAACAGCAGCAAAAGAGCCAGCUAAUAUUACAAUAAUGAUGCCAAAUCUUAGUCGAUCGUCAUCACGUCAAUAUCUUGUAUCAACUUAUUCAAUAAACAGUUUACCUAAUGAUGAUAUUCAUCCAUAUGAACCAAAUUCAAUUAUAGAACGAAAACGAUAUGAUUCGACAUCAGUUGUUCAUUUAAAAAUAUCAUAUAUUGAUUAUCUUCGAUCAAUUAUUUAUAUGCCUGUAUCAUUAAGAUGGCUUUGUUUAACAAAUUUUUUUUGUUGGAUGGCCCUUGUUUCUUAUUCAUUAUUUUUUACGGAUUUCGUUGGACAAGUUGUUUUUGGUGGAAAUCCAAAAAUGGAUUCUGAACAUCCAUUAAGAUUAUUAUAUAAUGAUGGAGUUCGAUUUGGUUCAUGGGGAAUGUCAAUUUAUUCAAUAUCAUGUUCGAUUUAUUCAUUUAAUAUUCAAACAUUGAAUAAUUAUUUUGGUAUUAAGCGAGUUUAUAUUGGAUCGCAAUUAAUAUAUGCCAUUGGAAUGUUAGUAAUGGGAUAUUUACGUCAUCGUAUAGCUGUCAUUAUUUGUUCAGCUGUAGCUGGUAUUCUCUAUUCAACAUUAUUUACUAUUCCAUAUUUACUUAUUUCGAAAUAUUAUACAUCUAAUAUAUUCAAUCAAUUAAAUACAAAUGGACAAAUUCGUGGUAUUGGUACAGAUGUGGCUAUUGUGAGUAGUAUGGUAUUUCUGGCACAAUUACUUUUAUCAUUAACAAUGGGUACAUUUAUUUAUUUAGCUGGUUCGACAGUUAUUGUAACUAUUCUAGCAAGUAUUCUUAGUAUUUGUGGAGCUAUUUCGGCUACACAAGUAUUAUAUGCUGAAUAA